AUGGGGUUUGGCACUAAAUGGUUGUCAUGGAUGGAGGGUUGCAUCUUUUCUAGUAGUAUGUUCGUUAUUAUCAACGGUAGUAUUACAAAGGACUUCAAAGUGGAAAAAGGUCUUUGUCAAGGUGAUCCUUUAUCCCCUUUUUUGUUUGUUUUAGCAACGAAGGUUCUUACAGUGUUAAUGCGAAAGGCUAUUUCAAAUGAUGACUUUAGGGGAUUCAUGAUCAAUGAAGAGGAGAAUGUGAAAAUGUUACAAUAUGCAGAUGAUACCGUCAUUUUAGCGGAAGGAGAUAUUGCGAAUUUGUGGAGCAUGAAGGAGAUUCUUAGGGGCUUUGAGAUGAUGUCAGGAUUGUGGGUAAAUUUCAAUAAAAGCAAUAUUUAUGGUGUUAAUGUUUUUGAGGGUUUUAUUGAGGCGGCGCAUACUUUUCUCUCUUGUAAAUUAGACAUGCUUCUCUGUAAAUUCCUCGGUGUUAAAGUGGGCGGUAAUCCGCGGAAGCUUGCUAUGUGGAAGGAUUUGAUCCUUUUAUUGAAAAGGAGAUUGGUCGCUUGGAAGGGAAAUCUGGGUUAUCAAUCCAAAUUCCUUUGGAAUGGUAGAGACGUCAAAAGGCCCAUCCAUUGGGUAAAUUGGGAUACCGUGUGUAAAUUGCGGGAAGAAGGUGGUUUAGGAGUAAAGAAUGUGGGGGUUAUGAACGUGGCGUUGUUGAGUAAGUGGAAGUGGAGGAUUCUUGUUGAAGAAGAGGCGGUGUGGCGGGGAAUUCUUGUGUCUAGAUACGGAAACAUUAAAUUGAAGGUCCUUAUUGGUGACGUUUCCGUUGUAGAAAAAAGUGAUUCUAUUUGGUGGAGAGAUAUUCUUACAUCUGACAAUUAUGCUGCUUUGUUGAACCAAAAUUUUUCAGGUGCUAUCUCUUGCAAGUACAACAGGCUAGGAAUUUUUCGGAGGCUGGCUGGGUCUGGAAGGAAACCGGCAUCUUUGGUGAGUUCAGCAGCAGCCUUGUGUUUCAGUGGCAGGAAUUACGCGAUGUGA